UUCAUUUAAAAAUAAUUUGUGCUGUGCUUAAGAACCAACAAAAAAUUUUCUGUUCAGUUGACAAAUGUCCUAUUAAAAUGCAGAGAAACAUAAUUUUUAAGUUCCUCCCUCUAUUAAACCGCGCCAUAGUGGUUGAAAAAGCGCCAAUGAUUAUGAAAUCUAAGCUAUUUCAUACAUCUUCCAUCGUUAGGAUGUCUUGUGGAUCUAGCCCUGGUAAGCUGACUCCCAAGAUGGCUAAGCUGCAGAAGCUAUUUCAAGAGGAAAACGAUAAACCAGUGUUUCUCAAGGGCGGUACAAUGGACAACAUAUUAUACAUAAGUACUCUUGUGCUGUGUUUACUUGGUCUUAUUGGUGAUGUUUUGCUGUUCGUAGGAUAUAUAAUAGCCUAAGGUUAUUUAUGAUGAAGCCAGCGUUUUUAAUACAGAUUGCAAUUUAAUACAAGUUUUUGAAGCUCAACAUGAAACAACGUUACUGAGUUAUAUAAGCACAUAAAUACACGCACAUAUACAUCAGAUACGUAUCAGAUCCUCUGACGAACUCUCAGUUACAAAUUGUGCAAGUAGCAGCAAUUUGUUCAGACAACAAUAAAUGUAUAAGCACGUUA